GUAACGUGACGAUAAACAAUGGAUGUGGCCAAUCUGUUUGACGACCUCGAGUCCAACAACAUGGACAGGGUGGACGAAGUUAAGCGCAAGUUUCAGGAGAUGUUUUCUUCCACCAAAGAAUCCUGGCUCGCCUGCAACAUGAUGGAGUACUUUGCUCACACGUCAUCGAUACGGAUCGUAGAAAUUCUCGUAAAGGUACAGCAACCGCACGAUAAGCACAUAUUCGAUCGUCUAGCCGAAUGGAUACGCAGCGGCACAUCGAAAACGCUAGCACUCACACUGUUCGGACACAUCAUCCAAAAGCGACCACUUUGGCUGUACAAAGUCGGAACGCACCAGCUUGUAAAGGACGUGUUGAAACUGUCGAAGGUGGAGAAAGACAUUACCUCGCUGAUCAAUGCGGUGCUGUGCAUUAUCGAUCUACUGCCCGUGAUUCCGCUCGCGAUGGGUAACUUUGUGCAGGACUUGUUCGAUGUGUUUAACUAUCUCGCCACCUGGAACCAGAACGAAUCGCACCUACCCGAGUACCAGCUGAUACAUCUACAGUUCGGACUGUACGAACUGUUUACCCGACUAUACGGCAUGUAUCCGUGCAACUUUGUGGCCUUUCUCAAGCAGGAAUAUUCCUCGACCGGACGGCAGGCUGUGUUUCAGCACACAAUUAAACCACUGCUCGAUACGGUCAAGAUUCAUCCGCGGCUCGUACUAUCCGAUCAGGAGAGCGAAACGAGUCAACAGCGCUGGAAAAACAUGGAACCACACGAUGUUGUGAACGAGUGUGCGCGGAUGUCGCUCGAGUAUCCGGAACCGCAGGAAAGCUCACAGUCGCAACUACUGGCUGUGAAUGGGUCCGGUGGCAACGAGUGUCCCUGCUACAUGACACCGAUAAAGCCGUACGAAUACACUGCCGGCGGUACGACCGAUGCGUUCGAAUUCUCCUGGAAAGCAAACGUAAAUUUUUUCAACACCCUAUCGCUGGACCAACAGCUGUGCACGAUCACGGCACAGAAUUCGUUCUGGUCGCCCAACAGCACCCUAAUGCAACCGACGCCUCCGCCCACAACGACGGGCACAACUGUACCGCACACACCAAUUCCUACCCCGAGCUAUACGAUACCGACCGUACCAGUGCCGCAGCCACCGGCCGCGGAUGGUGCAUCACCUCCGGAGGCGGCCGUUGAGGCAACACCCGAAACAACACCCAUGAAAGACACGAAACCUUCGGCUACCGGUCGGCCUUACCCCACAUCGGUCAAACCACAGACGGCACGUGCCAUCUGGACACCGUCGCAACCGGCAUCACCGAUUAAGAAGGAUACUGGCCAAUCGCACUUUAACUACGAGUAUCCGCUGGCGGUUGUUACAUCGAAAAAGUUGCUUCAAGUGGUAAGCGACCGGAAUCAGUCGCUGUUGCAGCUGUCCGACACUGGCACUACCACCACGACAACCACCAUGACGACGGUGGCCUCGGCAACUUCCACCACGAGCAAUAGCGUACCGUCCAGUCCGCUUCCAAUCGAUCAGCAAACGAUUGCACCACUAUCAGCAGCGGCCGUUACGGCUCCAUCAUCACGCAACGAGUCGCCCAUGGUGCAGAUACAGCCGGCUCAAUCGCGUCCCGCUGAUCUGAGCCAAGAAGAUCAGGAGGUGAACGAUAUCAACAGUCCCCACAUGCAUCACUCGCAAUCGCUACCGGUCGGAACGGCCGUUCCGAUACGCGAUCUGUGUGCGGAUGAAGAUCAAGACCAAGGGGAAGGUUCUCCAUGUUCGGCCGGUGGGCUACACUUUAAAAACUCGCAGUCCGUUAUCAACUAUACGCGUCGCCGACUGCACAGUCAUUGUUUGGUAGAUUCGAACGAUCCGUACUACAGCACCGGCACGUCACCGGCCGACACGAGCGGAAACUUCAUCCGCAAUGGCGCUACUAUGGCUACGCAGCUCGUCGGAUCGCGGACUGGCACCGGUCCGAACCAGCAGCUACAUAUUCCGGAACCGUUGGCCGUGUACGGGAGUCGCCAGCCGACCGGUCCUGCAGCUGGACCUGAGCAACACCAUCACUAUUAUCACCAGUGUCACCAUCACAUACAUCUGCACCAGCAGCAGCAACAGCAUCAUCAGCACCACCACCACCAUCAUCUCGUCGGUCCGGGAGGAUCGCUGUUUGCGGGACAUCAGCGCCGCCAUUCGUUGCCAGAUCUGAAACAUUUUGCGCUCAAAGUGAAUCCAAAGCUGUUGGUCGAUUCGGUGUCUAUCGUGAAGCAGCGGCAGCUCGGUCUACAGAGUCACCACCGUACUGGUGAAACGACCAACGGAGGUGGCAACAGUGCGUCUUCCUCGGAAGGAGUCGGUAGCAAUGCGGACAGCAGUCCAUCGGAGGAGGAAGCUAUUUCGGCGGCUACUCAUUUCCACAGCAAACAGGAACAACGCUCGACCGAACAGUUGGCACGCAAUCAAGAACUUUUCCGACAGUUGCGCAACAAUCUGACGACAGUCAUCACUCCCAGCAGUCACUUACAUCAUCAUCAGCGUGUACACCAUCAGCAACUGCAUCAACAGCAGGCUGACACCUUUGCUCUAACACGAUCGCGUACCGAUCGUCAGUCAGGCAUUGACGCAGUGAUGGCUCCAGUUCCACCACAAGCCACCAUCACGACCGGUACGCAAACGAUCAUCAGCUGGCCCCAACCGUACGAGCAGAUAUUUUACGGCAUCCUGCAGGAGGAACUUCGCUUUAAGAACAGCAUUUCCCAAAUGCAGCACGAUCAGCAGUUGCAGAAAGCUGCAGCCACCGGUGGUCGUCUCGAUCCGUACGCACUGCUCGAUCAGUACAUUGAAACGUGCGCCAAAACCCGAUCCACACUGGCCGAUAAUGGCAACCGUGCGAAUCUGCCCGAAUCGUACUAUCAGGACCACAUUCGGCUGCUACAUCUGCAGCUACAGUACGAACGCCACCGGCGUGAGAUACAUGCCGAACGUAACCGGCGGCUGUUGGGCAAAAGCCGCAAGAUCCGGGCGCUCGAGCAGAACAAUGAAGCGCUAAAGGAUCAGGUGGCCCGGUUAACGCGAGAAAUCGCUUCCCUGAACGCGGAGUUUAGUUCGGUGCGACGCAAGACCAAUGCAGAACUUACGGAAGCAUCGCGCGAAUGCGUACGCUGGAAGGAAUCGCUUUACCAGGAGCAGGAACGGUGCAAAGAACUGCAGCUCAAGAUCGAAGCACUGCAGGUGGUGAUUAAGGACGAGACGGCACAGCGGCGCGACGUUGGGCUGCAGCUGGAGAACGCUCAGGGCGAACUGUUUGAUUUGAGAAACGAGCUACGGAAAGCGAUCGGGAAGGCGGAGCUUGGGCAACAGUAUCGCGAGGAACUGACGCGCCUCCAGUCCGAGCUGAUAAUGAUGGGUGAGGUGCAGCUGCGGUUAAAGGAGAAGCUGACCGAGCUAGAGCGUUUGCGGGCACGGGAAGCCGAGAUUGCACUCAUCAAAGCGAACUAUCACGAAGAAUGGAAAGAGCUAAAAUUUGCACUGCAGCAAAAAUCGGCCCAGCUUGAUACGGCUAAGGAACGGCAGGCAGAGCUGGAGCAACAGCUAAUAAAGCGCGAGGAAACAAUCACGCUACAGAAGCGAACGCUUAAAACGGCAAAGGAAGAGUACCAAGAAAAAUUUAUGGCACUGGAAAACAAGUACGAAGCACAAAAAGCAAUCGUUAUUCGGAUGCAGGACACAAUCGAAGAUCUAACCAACCAGCUGAAACGUUGCGCCGCAAAGUCGCCCGAUUCCGAUCGUACCGAUGCCGUCGGUUCGCUUGACCAUACAUCACCGCUUUCAAUUUCGCUGGCGUCCAGCGAAGGUCUUUCGGAGAUUCGGAAUCUUUCUGCAUUGGUGGCACAAAAUUCGGCCGGGCUUGGUGCGCAACUUUCGGGCGGCAGCAGUACGUUGGCCGGUAUAGGCAAUAGCAGCAGCGGUGGUGGUGGCCUGAUGAUAGGUACAGGUGAACUUGAUUCGAAUUUGCCUACACCGACAUCGGCUGGCCAGCAGUAUCCGCACGGUCCGGGUGGUGCUUUGUCCGAUCCAUAA